GAGAGGGAGGAGGAGGAGGGGGAGGGGAGGGCGGAGAUGGGGCGUCCUCUCGUGGUUCUCGUUUGCGGGAGCCUCGUCUACUACCACUGCGCUUAUCGAGAGUCGAGCAUCCUCUCGCUGGUCUCCGACGUCCUCAUCGUCCUCCUCUGCUCCCUCGCCAUCCUCGGCAUGCUCUUUCGCCAGAUGAACAUCUCUGUACCUGUGGAUCCUCUUGAGUGGCAAAUAUCUCAGGAUACUGCAAAUGGUAUUGCAGCAUGCUUGGCUAAUACAAUAGGCGCAGCGGAAUCUGUCUUGAGGGUGGCUGCAACAGGACAUGACAAGAGGCUGUUCUUUAAGGUGGUCCUUAGCCUGUAUGUCUUGUCAGCUCUAGGUCGUUUGGCGUCAGGUGCAACAGUCGCUUAUGCAGGAUUGUGCUUGUUCUGUUUAUACAUAUUUGCGCAAAGCUUCCAAUCGGUCAGCAAAUUUGCUUCUCGGUAUUGGAGGAGAAGGGACUUGAUAUCUGGAGCUCAAGAUGCAAUGUAACAUGUCAGUCAUGUUCAAAUAACCUUGUAUCAUAUGUUGACUGCAGAUGCAUUAAUUUCAAAAUUUCAAUGUAAUUGUUACCUUUAGA